GCGAUAAGCCAAUUUAGUGGUUGUUGCCAAGCCCUUAGGAAUUCUAACCGCGGGGAGGGGACGCUCGAGUGGAUCUCUUCACGUCAUUCCAACUCUGCCCACCAACAACCACUCUCCUUUCCUUCCACAUUCACCACCACGCCUUCAUUUUGUCACUUUUUCCCUUUCUUGGGAAACUUUCUCAGGGGUAACGAGGAUAACAAUUGUGGAGCAAGUUGACUAUGGAAAGUAGAAAGCUUUAUCGGGAGCUCAAUGGCGCUCGUGGGAUUGGGUCCAAUGCUAGUUUCUACGGCGCACGUUCUUGGAUCGAGAGGUUGGAUCUGGUAGCUGAGCUAUCCGGGCACGAGGGGUGUGUUAACGCACUCUGCUGGUCCCGCAGCGGCGAACUCCUAGCUUCUGGCAGCGACGAUACACAGGUCAACAUCCACACUGUGUACCCGGACUUUGCGCUGAACACGCGCAUAAACACGGGCCACACACAAAACAUCUUCAGCGUAAAGUUCAUGCCGCACUCCUCGGACCGCACAAUACUCUCGGCGGCUGGCGACUCCCAAGUGCGCAUAUUCGAUAUCGAGUACGCCGCCACGAGCUCGAACUCCGCGGCAAAUAGAUCGAAUCGGCCUCUCCCCCCCGCUUCCGCGCCAGCCGUCGGGCAGCACUUUUUCUUUGGGAGGAGGAUUGCUGCCGGCAGUGAUAUUGUCCCGUUGAAGGGGUAUUCGUAUGCGGAGGAUCGGCACAAGGUCUACCGAAGCCAUACCUCACGGGUUAAGAGGAUUGUGACUGAGGCGAAUCCGCAUACUUUUUUGACCUGCUCCGAGGAUGGAACUGUGAGGCAGUGGGAUCUCAGGCAACCGAGUGAGUUCUACGCUAGGCCGGCUGGGAGGAGGAGGAGAGGGAGGGGGUACUAUGGCAUGACAGUGAUUGAUGACGAGGAUGAGGAUGAGUUGAGUAGUGGCGGGGCACCCCCGUUGAUCAGUUACCGCAAGUGGGGGGUUGAGUUGAAUGCCAUUUCUUGCUCGACGAGCCAACCGUUCUAUAUCGCGCUGGGCGGUCGGAAUUUGCAUUGCUUCUUGCACGAUAGGAGGAUGUCUGGGAGGGAUUUGGCGGCUGAAAGUGGCGCCGGGAGGAGUUUGAGUCCUAGCUCUAGCUCUAGCUCUAGCACCACCACCACUGCUAUGGACACGGCGACUAGGUGUGUUAGGAAGUUUGUGCCCAGGCCUGAUGGCAGUGGGGGAUGGCCGGAUCCGCAUAUUACGUCUUGUAAGAUCUCUGAUGCGCAUCCAGAUAACGUGCUCGUCUCUUGGAGCGGGGAUGGGAUAUACAUGUUUAGCAUCAACCAGAGUCCCGAAGAACCCAGCAGUGGCAGCGAUGGGAAGGGGAAGGAAGCCUGGAAUCCGGACGAGCGCAGAGACCGAGACGAAUCUGAUCCCGGGCCUAGUGGUAGCAGCAGUAGUCGCGGUAGAAGACGCAGCGCCGACGAACCAAUGUCCAAGAGACUUCGAGAGUCAGGCCGCGGCUCUUCUUCACCUUCCUCUUCUCCCUCCCCCUCCUCCGACCGGGGGGUAGAAUCCGGCGCCGAGACCGAAGACGAAGACCAGGAUCGAGAUCAAACCCCCAGCACGCCCUUCCCGGAAGGCCAAUUCCUAACAAUCGCUGGCCUACUCACUGCCCUCAAGCAAAAACUCACAACCCUCCAAACCGCCCCCUCCUCCCCGGAAGCGGAAGAUGAACUCGCGAGCGACAUCCUAGCCACGGCAACGCACGCCUACCGCCGCAUCCGGCGUAGGCUCCUCUCGCAGGAGCGGCGCGAUCUGGAAUUCCUCGCUCACGCCACUCUCGCCGAGAGCAACUCGGAGUUUCGCCGUCGCCGGGGGGAGCGCAACGAGCGUGCGCGUGAGCGUCGCAAGACACGGGAUUGGGUGCGCGCCGUGGGGUACUAUGCCCAUGCGGUGCUUCUGAGCGGGGAGGUUGAUGAUGAGGACUUCGAAGAAUUGGAGUAUACACGCGAUGUCGGGUAUCGGGUUUUCAAGCUGGCUUGUGGGGUUGCUGCUGGGGGGAGGGACGGGGGAGUGGAAGUUAUUAGGGGGGAGCAAGGGGUAGGGUUCGGGUUUGGUGAUGGUGAUGGCGAUGGUGACGUGGACGGGGACGAGGAAGAAAUGUUGAGGGAAUACUUCACAGACCUUCUCAUCAACGCAAGUCCCCAGCCAAUCCGGGACGCCUCGGGAAAUACAUUGUACAAUUCCGAAAGCGACCUAAUAGCCUCCCUCCGAACGCUAAUGCACUCACCCCCCCCUCCCUCUCGAGCCUCGCACCUAAGGAUAACUCUCAUCCCAGCCCUCCUAUUAGCCCUCUGUCCCCCCAUCUCCACCCCCUCCCCCACCCCCUCUAUAUCUCCCACCCCCUCAUCCCCCCUCCACCAAACCCACCACCAAUCAAACCCAUACGCCUCCAUCACCCCCUCCCGCCAUUCAACCCUCUACCUCGGCCACGCCAACACUCUAACAAUAAAGGACGUAACCUUCCUCGGUCAGCGGGACGAAUAUGUCGUCUCGGGUUCCGACGACGGCAACUUCUUCAUCUGGGAUGCACGCAGCGCUCAAAUAGUGAAUGUACUAGCUGGCGACGAGGAAGUCGUUAACGUUGUCGUGGGGCAUCCGUACGUGCCGGUUCUGGGUGUUGCGGGGAUUGGCUGUCGGGUCGGCAUUUUCGGUGUAGAGGGAGGGAGCGCGGGGGGGAAGGGACGGAUGGGGGAUGUCUACGGGAUUGUCGCUAGGAAUGAGGAGGCUAAUGGGGCUGGUGGGCGGGGGAAUGGCGGUGAGGUUAGGGCUGUUUGUGUGCCUUCUUAG